UCAUCAGUGAGUCCACGAACCACCAGCUUAUAAAGAAUGACCGGUUGUUUUUUACGGCGUUUCCUGCUGGAGGGAGAAUGGCAGCAGUUUGUCUCCUUUGAUGCUGAUGGAGGAUGGCUCCAACCAACACCAGAGACUCUCCCAUCUCAGUGCUCUCUACCAAAGACAGACACAAACUGAGGAAACCAAUUGUGGAGAAGAUGCGCAGAGAUCGCAUCAACAGCUGCAUCGAGCAGCUCAAGGUCCUGCUGGAGAAGGAGUUCCACAAACAGGAUCCCAACGCCAAGCUGGAGAAGGCCGACGUGCUGGAGAUGACGGUGGUGUUCCUCAAGCAGCAGCUGCAGCCUCAGAGCCCCAGCGCUCACACGGCUCACAGCGACGGAUACUCCCACUGCUGGAAGGAGACGCUGCACUUCCUGUCCCAAAACUCCCUGAAGGAGGCGACGCUCCCACACCUCCAGCACCUCCACGCUGCCCACAGAGCCGACAAGGACGCCUGCCCCACGCCGGCCCUCUCCUCCCACAGCCACAUCCAGGCUGCAGGGAAACAGCCGCCCGGCCCUCACAGAGCCGUGUGGAGACCCUGGUAGAAGCUGCUCUGGAGCUCGGAGGGUGGAUGUUCUCCAUCAGGAGGAGACCAGUACACUCCAUAUUGGACUGGAAGCAGUAUUUAAAGCUUUGUUGCUGUAGUUUCUCUUGUGGAGCUUCUGUGUUUUUACAAUGUAAAACUCUGACUGUGCCUUGUUUGUAAUGUGACUCCUGUGGAGUCGACUCUUUAAUGACUGUAAAGCAUCAUGUGCUGGAGGGGACCUCUCCUGUCAAGUGAGUCUGACUGUGACCUUUUAUAAAGGAAAACUAUGAUUUAUUCUGAGAUAUAUGAAAUAUUUAAACAGUUUGUACCAACCUGACA